AUGCUCCUCGCCGCCGUUCUGGCCGUCGCCAUUCUCGUCGGCUCUUCGCACGCCAUUCUAUCGUGCGAUCGUAUGCCGAUCGCGUUCUGCUGCACGUCACGCGUUCGUCUCGAAUGUCCCGAUCAGUGCGCCGCCGUCAAUUGCGGCGACGAUUUCUUUCACACCCUAUUCUCAAUUGACACCCAACCGCAAACCGCACAUUCUCGCGAUGGAAGCACCGAUCAGAUCACGUCGCACUCGAAAGAGGCCUUCAUCAAUCCGCCGACGGUCACCGGCUUUCCGACCCUUCUACCAACAAUGGCGACGUCGUCGCCAACUCCAUUCAUACCAUCGACGCGCGAACACCAACACCAUCGCCGACGAACGACACCCGAUCCGCGCAUUAUUCGACCGCCCGACUCGCUCGUCGUCAUCGGCGAUUACGAUGAGAACGACGUCAAUUCGGAAGCUGUCGUUGAUAGCGUCAUUCCAGAUGUCAUACCAACGACAACAACAACAACCACAGCAUCUCCUCGAAUAGCGUCCGAAAUCAACGAUGGAAGUGUUUCGAGCGGAAUCGGAUCGUUCAGAUCUCGCAAAAAUAUUCCCGACGCCUCAUCCAUCGAGAAACCAUCAAGAUCAUCUUAUCAUCAUCGAUCAGUAGGAAAAACGCGACGACGUCGUCGACGGCCGUCAGCGAUUGUGACGCGCCGCUUGAUUUGCCGCCUCGCGCCGCCCGGCCGUCUCGUGUGCGCCAAACAAGUGGCCAGCAGAAAAUCGCGGCCGCCACGGCUCAAUAAGCGGCGAUUCGCCACCAAUCGCAUUCAUAUUACUCCAAUCAUCGACGAGAAUCGACGGAAGCGUCGCCGACUGAAUAGACUGAAUAGCUUAACACCGGGUGAGUGGAAGGUGGCGCUGAUUCCGCGCGGUCACGCCUCGACACCAUCGCCAACAAUCAGCUCGAUUUCCAAUUUCGCCAUCGACGGCAAAUCCGAUAAGCGAUUGAAUCAAUUUUUGAAGACGGUUGACAAUGUCAUCGACAAAUUGGAAAUUACACCCAAUGGCGAUUUGUUGCUGAAGGAGAACAAUGGAUCAGCGAAGAAGCACGAGAAUAGCGGCCUCUCUUCAACAAUCGACGUUCAUCGAACAACAGUGGGACCACGGAGAGUGAUUAAAGUGAAUCCCGUCACGUUCCAACCAAAAUCAAUUCUGCCAUCAUCAUCAUCAUCAACUCAACGACCCACACCAGCAGCACCAUCGCACCAAUGCGGCGUCGCACCCGAUUUCGAGCCGUGCGUGAGCAACGAGGUGGCGAGUCGAGCCCUUCUCGAAUGUUGCCGCCAAAAAAAUCUGCCCGUCGGCUGUCAAUCACUAUGUCGAUACGAUAUCACACAAGCCGAAAUUCGCGCCGCAAUGGAUCGCGGCCAGUGCGGAAUUCUGAAUGUGGCGCCGUUUUUGGAAUGCGCCUCGCAGGGCAAAGACAACACCGAGUGUUGCCGGCAUAAGGGAAUCGCGCAGAAAACCGGAUUCCAAUGCGAACAAUUCUGCCGGCCCGCUCACGGCCUCGGCGCUCUCGGAAUUCAGCACAUCAUUUGCGGCAACGCCGUCGGCGAGAUGCUUCGUUGCCAUCAUUCUGGAAUUCGAGUCUAA